AUGAAGAUCUUAUGUGGAGGUACUUUUCCUUCUUCCUCUCUUUCUUCUUUUUCUUCUUUUUCUUCUCCUUCUUUUGGUUCCGUUUGGUGGAGGGAUUUGGUGUCUAUUGGAGGGAGGGGGGUUUAUGGGGAGAGAGAUCCUAUGGAGUCUUUUUGUCGGUUUAGAGUUAGGAAUGGGUUUUCUACUCCGUUUUGGGAAGCCUCAUGGUUGGAUUCUUGUUGUUUAAAGAAGGUUUUUCCUUGUUUGUUUGAGGUGUCGGGGUUGAAGAGAGUGGCGGUGGCGGGCAUGGGAGGAUGGGUUGAUGGAGUGUGGUCGUGGGGGAAUUUAGGGUUCAAUCCGUUGGAUUUGAGCGCUCAUAAUUUGGUUUCGGAUUUGGCUUCUUUGGGGGUUUUGUUGGAAGGCCGCGGUCCGGGUAAGGGGGAGUCCGAUACCGUGGAGUGGAUGGCCGAAGCGGAUGGUGUCUUUUCCGUUGCUUCUUGUUAUAAGUUUUUUGCCGGGUUCCGUAUUCCGUUUGGUCCUUCAAAUAAAUUUGAUGGGGCAUUGAGCUUGAUAUGGAAAAUGGAAGUUCCUUUUAAAAUUAAGGCUUUUGGGUGGAGGGUCUUGGUUAAUAGACUACCUACAAAGGAUUUAUUGCUUCGGAAAGGUAUUACUUUUUCGGGAGAUUUUUCCAAGUGUGUUUUUUGUGGUGUUCAUCCGGAAAGUAUGAUGCACUCUUUCUUUUUAUGCCCUUCGGUUGCUUUGGUUUGGUCUUCAAUGGCUAGGUGGAUAGGCAAACCUUAUGGUGGGAUGGAGGAGAAUUGUUUGGGUGGUUUUUUGGAUUGGUUGUCCUUUUGUAAAAUGAAGAAAGUUAAAGAAGGUAAACUAGGAGUAGUUUGGUUAGCAACUUUAUGGUCUCUUUGGUUGUAUAGAAAUGGUGUGUGUUUUCGGAAUGAGGUGUGGAAUGUGGAUAAUACUAUUUGGAGCAUCAAGGUUUUGGUGUGGAAGUGGGCUUUUAUAGGAGAUAUUACUCAUCCUAUUUGUGGCUUCUACGAUUUCAACAAAGAUCCUUUGUUAUUUAUUUCGUAG